GCUGUCAUUCGUGUUGGUACGGAUUUCCAGGUUGAUUUGCCACCGUAUCAAGGAGAAACCAUACCCAAUAUCCAGGACGAAUCUGAUCGUGGUGUAGCUCUUUGGCGCCCUAUUAGCGAGACGUUUUCCGACGAUUUGAAAAAUUUUCUCGCUAUUGCCAUUGAGCGUCACGGGUAA